CCAACACAAUACACAGCCACAUUCACUUCAUCUCUUUACUUCAAUAUUCAGUUCAGCCAUGGCUAUGGCUAUGGACUUUGAUGACUUCCUUCACCUCGAAUUCUCCGGCUACAGCUCCACCACCACCACCACCACUACCACUACUACCCCCACCACUUCUGACGACGGCCAGGCCUGUAACUGGAACGACUGGUCCCCCGUUGUCGACUGGGAAGCUUUAUCAGGCGGCCAGGAUGAUUUUCACGACCUCAUCGAUUCCAUGAUGGACGAUUCUGGGUUAAAUCCUGCCCGAGUUGACAAUGAAACCAGUAACUCCGUGUCCACUGACACCACCAUGGCCGUGGAUGAAGAAACCAACGGCGAUGAUUUCAAGGGCUUGAGGUUGGUCCAUCUCUUGAUGGCCGCUGCCGAGGCUCUAACCGGCGUUAACAAGAGCCGUGAACUGGCUCGAGUGAUAUUGGUUCGGCUCAAGGAGUUGGUGUCCCCUAACGACGGCACCAACAUGGAAAGAUUGGCGGCGUAUUUCACCGACGCCUUGCAAGGUCUGCUAGAAGGCGCCGGUGGUGCGCAUGGUAAACAUCUGAUAACCAACGGGCCGUACCACCAUCACCAUCGCGACGAGCAUCAUCAAAACGACGUGCUUGCCGCGUUUCAGCUGUUGCAAGACAUGUCACCUUACGUAAAGUUCGGUCACUUCACCGCCAAUCAAGCGAUUCUUGAAGCCGUAGCCAAUGAUAGGAGAGUCCACAUAGUGGAUUAUGAUAUCAUGGAAGGGAUCCAAUGGGCUUCCCUGAUGCAGGCUUUGGUGUCCAGAAAGGAUGGCCCACCGGCCCCACAUCUUCGGAUCACCGCUUUAUCAAGAGGCGGAAGUGGGCGCCGGUCGAUCGGGACCGUUCAAGAAACGGGUCGUCGUUUGGUUGCAUUCGCAGCUUCAAUCGGUCAACCUUUUUCUUUUCAUCAGUGUAGGUUGGACUCUGACGAGACAUUUAAACCAUCAGCUUUGAAAUUGGUCAGGGGAGAGGCGUUGAUUGUUAAUUGCAUGUUACAUCUCCCCCACUUCAGUUACCGGGCACCGGAUUCAAUUUCCUCUUUUCUAUCCGCAGCCAAGACCCUAAACCCGAGAUUGGUAACUCUAGUGGAAGAAGAAACGGGACCCAUUGGAGAUGGAGGGUUCGUCGGACAUUUCAUGGACUCAUUGCAUCAUUAUUCAGCGGUUUAUGAUUCACUAGAGGCAGGGUUUCCAAUGCAGAGCCGAGCCCGGGCCUUAGUAGAAAGAGUGUUUUUGGGGCCCCGAAUAUCUGGGUCAUUGGCCCGGAUCUACCGGAACCGUGGAGGGGAGGAGUGUUGCUCUUGGGGUGAGUGGUUGGGUGGGGUCGGGUUUAAGGCCGUUAAUAUAAGUUUUGCCAAUCAUUGCCAGGCAAAACUAUUGUUAGGUCUGUUCAAUGAUGGGUACCGGGUGGAGGAACUGGCCAAUAAUAGGCUGGUUUUGGGAUGGAAAUCUAGGCGUCUGCUUUCAGCGUCAGUGUGGACUUCUUCGUCAGAUUCAGAUUAGUAAAAUAGUUUGUUUGUUUAGUGUCAUUAUUGUUUUUAUAAUAAGCCCACCAUUUGUAUUAUAAUCUACGUAGCACCGAGUUGUACUGUUUGUGAAUUUUGGAGCUUAAAUUUUAGUUGAUUGGUGUUAUGUUAGUAUGGAGCGGCUUAUAUACAAAUGAAGUUUCGAG